AUGGCUCAAGCCCUGCCCUGGCUCUUGCUGUGGAUGAGUUCAGGGGUGUUGUGCACCCAGCCAGGAAUCCGGCUCCCCCUGAAGAGUGGGCUCCCCUUGGGUCUCCGGCUGCCCCGGGAGGCCAUCGAGGAGCUGGAUGAGCCCAGCCGCCUCCUCAGCCACAGAAGCAGUUUCGUAGAGAUGGUGGACAACCUGAGGGGCAAGUCUGGACAGGGCUACUACGUGGAAAUGACAGUGGGCAGCCCUCCACAGACGCUCAACAUCCUAGUGGACACAGGCAGCAGUAACUUCGCAGUAGGAGCUGCUCCCCAUCCCUUUUUACAUCGAUACUACCGGAGACAGCUAUCCAGCACCUAUCGGGACUUACGGAAGGGUGUGUAUGUGCCCUACACCCAGGGCAAGUGGGAGGGCGAGCUGGGCACUGACCUAGUAAGCAUCCCUCAUGGCCCAAAUGUCACCGUACGUGCCAACAUCGCUGCCAUCACUGAGUCUGACAAGUUCUUCAUCAAUGGCUCUAACUGGGAGGGCAUCCUGGGGCUGGCCUAUGCUGAGAUUGCUAGGCCUGAUGAUAGCCUGGAGCCCUUCUUUGACUCUCUGGUGAAGCAGACCCAGGUACCCAACCUCUUCUCCCUACAGCUGUGUGGCACUGGCUUUCCAACCCUCAACCAGUCGGAGGCACUGGCUUCUGUUGGGGGGAGCAUGAUCAUUGGGGGCAUUGACCAUUCUCUAUAUGUGGGCAGUCUGUGGUACACACCCAUCCGACGAGAGUGGUACUAUGAAGUUGUCAUUGUUCGGGUGGAGAUCAAUGGUCAGGACCUGAAAAUGGAUUGUAAGGAGUACAACUAUGACAAGAGUAUUGUGGACAGUGGCACCACCAACCUGAGACUGCCCAAGAAAGUGUUCGAGGCUGCAGUCAAGUCCAUCAAGACAGCUUCCUCGACAGAGAAAUUUCCAGAUGGCUUCUGGCUAGGGGAGCAGCUGGUAUGUUGGCAAGCUGGUACUACCCCCUGGAACAUCUUUCCAGUCAUCUCACUCUACUUAAUGGGUGAAGUCACUAAUCAGUCCUUCCGAAUCACCAUCCUGCCACAGCAAUACCUAAGGCCAGUGGAAGAUGUCGCCACAUCUCAAGAUGACUGCUACAAGUUUGCCAUCUCACAAUCAUCCACCGGCACUGUUAUGGGAGCUGUGAUUAUGGAAGGCUUCUACGUUGUCUUUGACCGAGCCCACAAACGAAUUGGCUUUGCGGUCAGCGCCUGCCACGUGCACGAUGAGUUCCGGACAGCAGCAGUGGAAGGUCCCUUUGUUAUCACAGACAUGGAGGACUGUGGCUACAACAUUCCGCAGACAGACGAGUCAACCCUCAUGACCAUAGCUUAUGUGAUGGCUGCCAUCUGUGCUCUCUUCAUGCUUCCACUCUGCCUCAUGGUGUGCCAAUGGCGUUGCCUCCGUUGCCUGCGCCGUCAGCAGGAUGACUUUGCUGAUGAUAUCUCUCUGCUCAAGUGAGAGGCCCUCCAGGCCUCAUAGGCCCUCUAUGGCUCUCUACUCUGGCCACAGGCAGGAGACAUGGAGAUAGAGCAAUGUGACCAGAGCACUCAGGACCCUUACCCACCAGCCUGCCUAUCUUGACUGAGAGAGAACCAGAAGAUACUGGCAAGGUGCGUCCUACUGGGAUAAUGUCUUUAGAAGGGGAAAGAGGAAAGGAAGCUCUCCAAUGGCAGGAAACCCUUUGGUCACUUCAAACCUCAGCUAGAAAAUUUUCUGCUGCUUGAACUUCAUCCCUAAAUAUUUUCACCACCUCGACAAGUCCUCAACCCAAAUUCUUCCCUUUUCCUUAUUUUCAGAAUUGGUACUAUACCCAGCCUUUACCCUGCUGAUGUCCUGGGAUUAGAAAUGGCUUACCUUGUGGUUCUCUUCAGCAGGGGCUAAUGUAUGACAGCUCCUUAUUUUUGUGUAGAACCUAUAUAAACAACCCUAAUUUGAUUACAGGGGUGAAUUUUUUAAAAUUUGUGAAUGGACUGGGGUAUUUAAGUGAUUUUUACUUGGAGGGAGGACAGGCAAUGGUGAGAAGGGCAGAGAGAGAAAGAAGAAGUUAGGGAAGAGUAGUAAAUGGGAAGAAUAGUCCCAAUUUUAUGCCUUGCCAUCUACAUAGAAUACUAUGUCAUAUAUACCAACCAGGAAGACCCUUAUUUGGUAAGGGACUCCAGUUGUCUUGAAAGAACCAGAUUGGCCCUCACACUAUGGCCACUGAUAUUCCUAUUCCUCUUGAUUGACUUCAAGGUAAACUCAGAAGAAAAGAGAAAUCUUUGCAAAAUUUGCAUCUGCCUUCCAGAAAGAGCAACUAGAUGGCAAAUCAAAUUUCUCCCACUGAGGUCCAUUAAGCAAAUGACUUUUUUCACUAUCUGAACCCUCUGUUCCCAGAGCACUUGUACUAUAGUUUUGCUAAGAUUCCAUAACCUUCCACAGCCCUCCCCCUUUAUUUCACACCCACAGAAAGAAUAAAUGGAAUAAGGCUGAGCAUGGUUGUAUUUCUUGAGGUACCUAAUCAGAGGGUCUCAUUUCUUUUCUCUCCUUCCACCCUUUACCACAAAGUUCCCAAGUUGCUCUGGGACUGUGCAAGCUUGGGGAAUUAAGUGGAGGGCCAGAAGACUUUCUCCUUAGUCAGUCUUUGAAAGCAGAAUUCAGAACUUUCACCAAGUAUGGGGUUGGAUCUCCUUAACAAGGGAUCAGGCAUCUACUCCCUUCACCACCCCAGACCUCUCUCACCAUCAUCCCUUCCUCCCCUCAUAACCCUGUCACACUCAGCUUAAUGAAGCAUCUUCCAGUGCCACUGACAGAGUACUGAUAGCUCCCGAAACUCAGGGCUCUCUGGUCCUGUUGCUGUCAUCUUUAGUACCUAAACUGUGCAGAGAGAGAACAGCCUCCCCACUUCUCCUCCCUACUUCCUCAUUUCAUUGUAAGCUUUUCUUCCCUCACUGAGUACUAUUCUUUUCCCAAGGUCCUUGACUCCCUAGCCCAUGUGUUAUGUUGCCACCUAGGGUUAGGCACAGGGAGAACAAGCCCAUCUUCCCAAAACUCAGAGCAUUUGCUCUAGUGUUAGCAGAAGGUGAGAAGGAAAAUAUAAGUAAUCCCCUCAAUUCCACCUCAGCCCCCUCAAAGGAAACCUCCUCCUCAGCACUACUUUUUUCUAGUCCAGUCUAGCCCACCAGUCUAGAUGAGGGUUGCCUGGCCUCCUUUUGUGUGGGUGUGAUGUUGGGAGGAAGAGGAAAAAACAAAUGCAGGGUUUCUGGAGUUGCCUGUCUCUGCCUGGCCAUUCUAUGGACUGGAGCCCCAGUCAGCUCCCCACAAGCCAUAAGCAAGUAAUAAUGUGAAUAAUGGAUCACAGCUUCUCAUUUCCUCACCUGUACUUGGGGUCUCUUUCCUUCCACUGCACCUGGUGCUGUCCUGGAUGAUGGGGGAAUAUCCUAUACCUCCCCCCCCUCUCACCCCCCCGAACUGACAGGAAGAUC